GCUGAGCGCCGCUCGGUGCCUCCACCUCCACCCAGCACGAGCCCCUCUCCCCCCACAAUCCCCCAGUCCCUGGCGAGGCGAGUGGCGGUGGUAGGAGACCCUGGGGCCCAGUGAGUGGCUCUCCGGCUCCCCGCGGGCUCCGUGGCUCCCCUCUCGCCAUGGCCGCGCGCUCGCCGCGGCUCUGCUCGAGGCGCGCUGAGUGUGCACCCUGCGGCCCCUUCUCUGCGCAGGAGGGGAGAUUCUCAUCGCCCGCUCGCGACUUCUCCCUGAGCUACCAGCACCACCAGCAACAGCUUCACCGCCACCACCAGCAGCAUGAGCAGCAGCAGCAGCAUCAGCAUCCUCAUCAUCAGCUGCACGCCGCUGCUGCUGCUCCGGAGAGCGGCCUCCUCGCUGACGACUCUUCUGAGAGCGAGACGGAGAGUUCGUCCCAUCACGACCACGACCACCACCAUCACCACCACCAGCCGAAGCUCAUCCGUAAGGUGUCCACCUCGGGCCAAAUCCGCAGCAAGACGAGCGUGCGAGAGGGUUUCCUGAUGAAGCAGACGAGUUCGUUCCAGCGGUGGAAGCGGCGCUACUUCAAGCUGCGCGGACGCACCCUCUACUAUGCCAAGGACGCCAAGUCGAUCAUCUUUGACGAGGUCAGCCUCACGGACGCCAGCGUCGCCGAGUGCAGCACCAAGAACGCCAACAACAACUUCACGAUAAUCACCCCGUUCCGGAGGCUCAUCCUCUGCGCCGACAGCCGCAAGGAGAUGGAAGAUUGGAUCGCCGCCCUCAAGUCGGUGCAGAGCACCGAACCCUUUCAGGCAGUGCACUACAGCAUGGACCACUUCUCGGGGGCCCACCACUGGUACGCGUGCACGCACGCGCGCCCCACCUACUGCAACGUGUGCCGCGAGGCGCUGUCGGGCGUCACGUCGCACGGCCUCUCCUGCGAAGUGUGCAAGUUCAAGGCCCACAAGCGCUGCGCCGUGCGCGCCACCAGCAACUGCAAGUGGACGACGCUCGCCUCCGUCGGCAAGGACAUCAUCGAGGACGAGGACGGGCUGGCGAUGGCGCACCAGUGGCUGGAGGGGAACCUGCCGGUGAGCGCGCGCUGCGUGGUGUGCGACAAGGCGUGCGGCAGCGUCCUGCGCCUGCAGGACUGCCGCUGCCUCUGGUGCAAGGCCAUGGUGCAUUCCGCUUGCAGGGAGCAUUACAGCCGCAAGUGCCCGCUGGGCCAGUGCAAGGUGUCCAUCAUCCCGCCGACGGCGCUCAACAGCAUCGACUCGGACGGCUUCUGGAAGGCCACGUGCCCGCCCUCCGUGACGAGCCCGCUGCUCGUGUUCGUCAACUCCAAGAGCGGCGACAACCAGGGGGUCAAGUUCCUGCGCAGGUUCAAGCAGCUGCUGAACCCGGCGCAGGUCUUCGACCUCAUGAACGGGGGGCCGCACCUGGGGCUGCGUCUGUUCCACAAGUUCGACACCUUCCGGAUCUUGGUAUGCGGCGGCGACGGGAGCGUGGGCUGGGUGCUGUCCGACAUCGAUCAGCUGAGCUUGCACAAGCAGUGUCAGAUGGGGGUCCUGCCCCUGGGUACGGGCAAUGACCUCGCGCGCGUCCUGGGUUGGGGCCACUCGUGCGACGAUGACGCCACUCUGCCGCAGAUCCUGGAGAAGCUCGAGCGUGCCGGCGUCAAGAUGCUGGACAGGUGGGCGAUCAUGUCGUACGAGGUGAACGUGCCGACACGGCACUCGCAGCCCGUGCCGGGAGAGGAGAGGUCCUGUGACGGCGAGGCGGACGGGCGAGCGGGCGCGGCUGAGGAGGGCGGCAGAGAAGGCGGCGGGCAGGCGGAGAUGGCGGCUUACGAGGGCUCCGUGGCGGCUCACCUCACGCGCAUCCUCAACUCGGAGCAGCACUCGGUGGUGAUCGCGUCCGCCCGCGUGCUCUGCGAGACGGUGAAGGGCUUCGUGGCGCGCGUCGGCAGCGCCUACGAGACGGCCGGGGAGAACCCCCGGGAGUCGGACGCCAUGGCCCACAAGUGCGCCGCGCUGAACGAGAAGCUCGACUCCCUCCUGACGGCGCUCAACGACGAAGCGCGGGCGGCGUCGGCGGCGGCGCAGGGCAGCACCGGCACCCCCCCCAUCGCCGAGGAGGAGGAGACCGAACAGGAGGAGGAGGAGGAGGAUGAUGACGGCGACGGUGAAGAGGUGGAGGAGGAGGAGGAGCUGGAGAAGGGAUCGCGGGAGGGAGCCAGGAGAGAGACGUGUGAGGGGAGGCACAGGAAGGCGCCGCUGAGGAGGAGACCGCGACCUCCUCCUCUUCCUGCGCUGGCAACGACGGCGGCGGCGGAGACGCAGCUGUUCCUGCCGCGCGAGCACCUCAUGUCGCGCGCCAACAGCCUGAAGAAGGCCGUGCGGCAGAUCAUCGAGCAGGCCGAGAGAGCCGUGGACGAACAGAACGCGCAGACGAGCACCUGCAGGAAGGAGCCGGAGGAGGUGCAGGAGGAAGUGGAGGAGGAGGUGGAGGAGGAGGAGGUGACGGGCCUAGCUGAGGCUCCGCGUGCCGGGGGCACGGAGCCCACCGGUGGCCACGCUCACAGCGGCGACGAAGACUCCUCCCCCCGAUCCUCCCCCCGAUCCUCCCCCCGAUCCUCGUUCGGAUCUCGUCUCAGCAACCGAGGCGACGUUCCGGCGGCGCCGACGGAGCGGCGCAUCAGCAAGACGAGCGCCUUCCUGGGGGGCUCGCUGCCCACCACGGCCGGGCCCGGCUCCGGCAAGGAGAACCUGCCCAUGCUCAACAUGCGCAUCCUCUACCCCAGUCUGCGAGCGGGCCUGGCCGCGUCGGUCGCCGGGAGCUGCAUCAUCAGCAAGAUGCUGCUCACCAACGCGGACACCCUGGGGGCCUGCGCCACGCCUCUCAUGGACCUCGACCCGGACUCACUCGAGGGCUUCAUGGAGAAGUGCGUGAUGAACAACUAUUUCGGGAUCGGCCUUGAUGCCAAGAUUUCCCUGGACUUCAACAACAAACGGGAGGAGCACCCAGAGAAAUGCCGGCAAGGGCACGCACUCGGCACCAAGAACAUGAUGUGGUACGGCGUGCUCGGAACCAAGGAGCUACUGCAGCAGUCCUUCAAGAACCUGGACCAGCGCGUGCUCCUGGAGUGCGACGGGCAGUACAUCCCGCUGCCGAGUCUGCAGGGCAUCGCGGUGCUCAACAUCCCGAGCUACGCGGGAGGAACCAACUUCUGGGGCGGAACCAAGGAGGACGAGACGUUCACGGCGCCGUCGUUUGACGACAAGAUCCUGGAGGUGGUGGCCGUGUUCAGCAGCAUGCAGAUGGCCGUGUCGCGCGUGCUCAACCUGCAGCACCACCGCAUCGCGCAGUGCCGCACGGUGAAGAUCACGAUCCUGGGGGAGGAGGGGAUGCCCGUGCAGGUGGAUGGAGAGGCCUGGAUCCAGCCGCCGGGAUACAUCAAGAUCACCCACAAGAACCGGGCGCAGAUGCUGACGCGCGACCGGGCCUUCGAGAGCACGCUCAAGUCGUGGGAGGACAAGCAGAAGUACGAGCUGCCUCGCCCGCACUCCCAGCAUGCACUGCUGCAGGCCACGCCGCCGUCGGAGGUCAUCAUGGCGGAGGAGGCCAAUCGGAUCGAGGCGUUCGCCUGCGCCGCCGCCGCCCUCAUUCACGCGAUCAGGGAGGCGGCCGAGGGCCACAGCAGCGUGGAGCAGGAGCUGGCACACGCCGUCAACGCCAGCGCGCACGCGCUCGACGCCCUCUACGGCAAGCCCAAGCGAUCCUCCGGCUUGGCUCGGCACCUGGUGAUGGACUCGGUAAACAACGUGAAGGCUCUGCACGGCGAGACGGAGCUGCUGCUCUCCGGCAAGCUCUCCCUCCAGCUGGAGCGCGAGCAGGAGGACUCGCUGCACGCGGCGCUGGCGGCCGUCGACCUGGAGCUGCGGCGCAUCGCGGACAUCCCCUGGCUGCGUCACAUGGCCCAGCCCAGCGACGGGGAGAUCCACGCGAUGGAGUACUCCAAGUGGACGGGGCGCAGCGCCAAGUUCCGCCUCGUGCCCAAGUUCAAGCGCGACAAGAACCUGCGGGCCCGGGACUCGCGCGCCGGCGUCGCCGUGCCCGUGCACUUGUGGUGCGCGGAGGAGGUGGGCGGCUGGCUGGAGAGGCUGGGUCUCGACGAGUAUCGCGACGCCUUCGCCCGCAACGACAUCCGCGGGCCCGAGCUGCUGCAGCUCGACCGCCGCGACCUCAAGGACCUGGGAGUUGCGAAGAUUGGACACAUCAAGAGGAUACUGCACGGCAUCAAGGAGCUGAGCAAGCACGCGCAGGUCAGCGAAGUGUGAGAGCCGCGCGGCACGGCUGCCUGAAGGGAACCACCAAGGAGCGCGCACGACUGCCGACGGACGCACGGACGGCGUGCGUCUACGAGGAAGGAACGGGCGACGCAUCUCAUUGGGAUUCCUCCAGGGAGCAGCUGCACUUGCCUCCGUGAAGUUUAUUAUUCUUAUUUUAAUUUUAUCUUUUACACGAUACGUCAGCUCCGUUGAUAACGGUCCUGCGGGCCGAUGGUCAACGUUGCAGAACAAGGUCCGUCCGGACGUCGCGAUUUGCGUUUUUUUUAUUUUCCGUCCGUGACUUUACACGAAAGGGAUGUGACGCGGCGCGCGCACGGUAAAAGAUCGGCGAGCCGUGACGUCGCGUCGCCAAACGCAGGGUUGUGUCGUCGGUCGUCAGCGGAGGCACAAAAAAGCACCAGCCGAACUGCUGUUGCGACGAAGAUGGGAUGGUCUGUCGUAGCACCGUCGCGUUCACUAACGCGCGCGGGAUUUUUAUUGAAAACACUGAAGCGUGUAUCGUGUACGUACGUGCGUACGUACGCAUUUUUAAACCGCCGCAGGGCACUGCUUUUGUCAAACGCCGUCCUGACAAUCACGUGAAAGAAACCAAAUCGUCCUGUAGGAAUCCAUCGGAGUUCAACGACAGCGAUUCCCUGCCCAGGCAAGCACGGGGGCAGCGGCGCUCAUCUCCUGCUCGCAGGCCCCGAGCCGGCGGUGUCAAUUCCACGUUGCCGUGACGGGCACGGCUCUGACCGCUGGGCACUUGUCUCGCACGGUGCUACCCAAAGGGUACGGUCAGGCCCGGUCUCGACGUGUCAGGGAGCCUUGGGCAAGAAAAGAACGCGGCUCCCGGUGGAAGUGAUCCAAAGGAUAGAGCGCCAGGUUGAUAAAACGCAGCAAAUUGACACAGUAGGGGGCACAGGUGAUUAAUUGACCGGUCAUCUCGGUCAGCCAACCCAUGGCACCUGGGUCUGUCCCGUGACCUGUCAGCAGUGAGCUCUUCCACUCGUCACGUGGCCUCAAAGUGCACCUGGCCUGGCACAAGUGAAUGGCGGCUGCAGUUGUUAGCGCGCCAAAGGCAAUUGAAAGUCCCAUUCGGCCGUAGGGAAGGAAAGACGUUGCCCACCCCGGGACUAUUCACAAACAAUGCUCCGUCGGUGGCCUGGGUGGCCGCUCCUGGAAGCUCACCCCGAAGGCCGGGGCCUGUGUGCGAUUAGCUGCGCGUGAAUGCUCUGGAGAAGGAUUGUGUGGUAGGGUUAGAUUUGGUGGAGUAUUCGUUUUGCUUUUUUUUUUACACCUUGCAGGUGCAAUCACGGGGCGCGGUGGCAACAGGGUGGCGUUUGUUUACUCUUCGUAACAAAGGCCCCUAGUGCGACAUUACCGUAUGCUCAGGGUUAUAAGACGCACGCGGGAAAGUGAGACUCGCCCCAAACGUUUACACCUGCAGUCAAUCAAGUUAUUAUAAAUAUGGUCACAGGGCAAGUGCUGGCAGCGAGCGAGCACCUGUGAAGGCCGGCACGGCGCACGAGUCUGUGGGUGGCAAACACGAAGCCCGUGCCGCCUUUGUCUCUCCACACCACACUGGAUACUCAAUUAAGGCUGAGUCAACCUAGGGGCGGACCAGAACUGGUUCAAAUUCACUCUGACACACACCUACCGCGUGAUAACACGUAACCCCCAACAUUUUGUUUAACAUACAGAGGCGGAGAAACGGCGCUUUUCUCCCGUUUACAGCCCUGCACAGCCAGUGGUGGAAAUUCCACAGUCGUAUGGUGGGUCAGAGUCUAUCCAUAGGACGACCGCUGUUGACUUCCCCCACAGAGCGGUACUCGUUUUUAUCGACCCCGGAGAGCUGAUGGGCUGAGUCAACGUCCCCCCCCCCCUCCUCCUUCCCCACCGAAGCAGGAUUUGAACUCACGACCUUCCGACCGCGAGCCGCCUGAUUGGUCAGCGCGUCUUGUAACGCGGAGAAGUCCGGCGGUGGGAAUUGAUUCGCGAUUGUGCGGCCACUGGGUGGGGAGGGCGCCACCCUCGCUCGCUCGCCGCCGCCGCCGCGUGUUUUGUCGGCCAGAAGAGGAAACAACGAAUGUGUACCCUCGCCUGGAGCGCUUCCGUAAACUGGAAACAUUUUUGGACGGGUCGACGCAUUUAGCUCCCGUCGCUUGACCCAAUUUGGCGCCGACGUUCUUGUCACCGGUAUUUUAGUCGUUGCGAUCUGGUCUCGCCUGGGAGCCUCAAAAUAGCCGCGAUCGCGGUUGGCGAUUUUUAAGAUGCUUGCACGCAAGCCGCCGGCUAACUUAUCGUUGUUCUCUUUGUUUGAUGGUUUUCCUCCCCUUGGGAGAUGUGUACGCUAUAAUGCCACGGCCGCAUUUGUCCGUGACGCUUGUUCGCGCACGCUCCGUCACCGGGUCUCAGGGCGAGUUGGGUGCGAGGAAUUGAGAGUUUUAUUGGCGAUCCCUUAGCCGCAGUCAAGUCAAAGCCACUACCUGCUCGAACGAGCAUUGGUGCUUGUGCCCUGUUUACAGUCCUGCAGAGCAAGUGGUGGAAAUUCCACAUUCCUGUCGCGAGGGCGAGGAGUCCGUCCCAUCAGACGACCACCGUUGACUUCCCCCGCAAAGUGGUACUUGUUUUAUCGUCCCCCCCCCCCCCCCCCGGAGGAGUGAUGAUGGCGAUUGAAAUGUGGGUGAGGCGGACAGAGGGAACGGGGCUGUGUUACAGCCUACCAUAAAACAUUUGUUAGCUUCAGCGUAAAGGUCAACUCAACAUUUGAGUCCAUCUAUUGGCUUUCCGUUCGCAUUUUUUCACCAUCAUCGUUUGAGAAGACGAAACACUGGACCAGUUUGAACUUUCUGGGUCUCAUCUGCAGGGUGUAGCCUGUUAAAGAAAUAGCUGCCGGGCUGCCUGAUAUUACGGGUUCUCUAUUUAUUACAAUUAUUAUUUAACCAUAAAAUACACCACACGGACGCGUAAUACAUAUUGUACAUACAAGUGACGUUACUGUUAUUAUUAUUAAAGUAUUAUUUUGUGUGAUGGUAAUUUGAUUUGCCCAAACACAUACUGUACAUAUAUAUUUUAUUUGUUAAGACAAAACCCAUUCCCGUCUUUGCGCGUUCGAGAACGAUUCAAUCCCACUGGGGUCUUCGCUCUGCACGGCGAUGCUCUAGGCUCCUUCGGGAAGAGCGGUGCGGGUCUUUGUGCCGGGCCGAGCCUGGUAUCUGUGCCGCCGAUAUGCGAAUCUGCGGGGAACGCGUGGUCCGUCACAUCCGCACGACUGACAGAUCGAGGUGGGUUAAGGAAUGAACACCACGGGACGUAGAUUAACCGCUUCUAUUGUCUCUCAAACCUCUUCGUACUUUUGUUUCCCUCUUCCCGUGCCUGGACCAAGGUGCCAGGUGAACUUGACACUCGUUGAAUUUGCACAACAUCAGCAGAGCUGUGAGUGGUCUUCUCGCACAGGUGACAGAGAAUUAUAUUGUUUUAUUUGUAUUAUUUUAUUAUUUCCCUUCUACAUGACUUUACCGAAAGAACCACGAAUAUGAAUAGGUGAUAUAUGGUUAACUUAACAAGUGGGUUUUCACGGCCAAUAUCACGGAUGCGUGUCAUCGAUCUUUGGGUGAUGCCUCGUAAUGAGCUGACAUAUCCCGUGUUGUCAACACCCGUUGCCACCCGACACAGUUCAACAAAUGUAAUUGUCGCGUGCACAAACGUUUCACGACAAUUAUAAUCGUAUCAGCUCACUCAAUAAUUAUCGUUUCAGCUCACUCACCGGCUAAGUUGACGAAUAAUUGAUAAUAUGUUCUUGACAAUUGCCCUUCAGCCUUCAACGUUUAAUUUGUUCGGCUGUGUCGGGUGGUGGAGGGUUCCUAACGUACACAAACUUGGUUGGAUCGUCACGCGGCCUCACACAACAAAAACUCAAUUGUGAAUCUUGCACGCGUUAUGUUCAUCGACAUCAUAAAUAGCCGGUUGCCAUCAUCACAAGGGCUGUGUGCAGGAAUGUGCACGCAGAUUUGCGAUGUCAUCUUGACAUGCACAGCAUCCCUGUCGUAUGUCACCGUGAAUGACACCUUGUGAUGUAUUUCUCCCCUGGAUGUUAAAUCUUCCCUCUUGAGCGAGACAACGCGCACGCCUGAGCUCGCGUUAUGGUAAUUCCUCGCUUAACGAGGUACUCUUUAGGACGGCAUCGCGACCGCGUUAAACUCGGGGGCCACUGUGAUUUUGUGAGAUUGUAUACAAAGCGCAUUAGGACAGUGACGACGACGACGAUGAUGCGGUGGUGGUGUUAGAGUCUAAUAAAACAAAAAAAUCCAUCGGGCAUGGCCAUGUCAUAAAAAAAUAUAUCGCGGAAAACAAUGGCAUUUUUACGUGGAACACCGAUAUGCGUGAGGAUUGUACCAGUCACGAGACAUCGUUUGUCCCUACUUGAAAGUGAGCAAUGUCAGUCUGAAGCCCUCCUCCGUACGGGACGAGGGCACCUACUGGCCUCCGUUGUUGGUGUUGCGUGUUUCGGUGUUGUUGAGUUCGAUGUCCUUGCCGCGCACCUCCGAUGAGCACGGUUGGUUACGCACGGUGGUGCGAGAGAAGUUCACCGUACGCACGAAAGUGAAAAGGCCACGCUCGGGCGUUUCUAAGUACGUAUUCGAAGUACAAAGAGCAGUGCCCCGAGAACCCACCGUGAACUGAGAGGCUCCGUGCAUCUUGGCAGUUCACCAGGCUUUGGUUCAAGCGAGCCCAACUCUUGCUGACGAGACACUCACAGCGUCAAAACCGGUCCGGAGGUUUGCUCUCGUUGAACCAAUGCUUGCUGAAGUCAUUCUCUCCCAGAAGGCCGUGUGGUCGAUGAAAAGUGUGUUACCCAAACAUAUAUAUAUAUAUAUUUAAACUUGUGUUAUUCUACGCGGAGGGACAGAUAUGGGAAGGAGGCGUAAUCAUUCUCUGCAUAUUUAUUCCACGACUCGUAAUCUCCAGAACGACGCUGAUGAUUAUUUUGUGCCAUGCCCGAAUUCACGUUUUAUAAGGCUCCGGGCAACGACAGUGGUAGGUUCUGGUCAUGCUUGUGAUGGCUGUGUGUAGUGUUUGAAUGUUAAAGAUUAACGAGAGCCAUUCCCGUUAUCAGUAGCGUAGGAAUGUUGCUGAUUCUACGCAACAACAAACAAAAACUCAGUGGGGAGGAAUGUUUGUGUGUGGAGGGUCCCGCAUGCCGUUAUGAAACGUAACCAAAUUUGUGUGUCUUUGUGUCUUUGUGUGUAAAGCGAUGCACAAUGUUACGUUGUGUUGUUUACAUAUACUCCAUCACAUAAAACAUGGUAAAUAUCGUGACGUAUUGUUUACAGUAUUGUGCCGGUGGGGGAGGGAGGGGAAUAAGCUCAAUUUUGUUUGCGUAAAGGUAUUUUUACACUGAUACGUGCAUUGCUACGACAAGUCGUUCGAGGCUAAUCUGCAAUUUAAUAUAUAUCUUUGUAUAAUAUCGCUAAAAUAAUGUAAGAUCGUCGCCAAUUGUCUGUGGAGUGGUCGGGGCAAUCUAUGGCAACUCCUGCGUGUGAAGUGACAUCACAGCUGUGCAAGGCAGUGUGGGUAUUUUACAAAAUGGCUGCAGGCCGCGUGCUGCGGUGCAGUGAAGUCUCUGAACACGUGGCGCUUUCUGAACUACUGCAAUGACCCGUGUUUCUUUUUUGGGCAGGCCACGUAGGUCGUCUUAGCCAACAUUCUCAUCAGUUACCCUCCACCACCCGACAAGAUGUUUACGGGAAUAUUAUUUAUACGUGCCAAGGUAAUGGUAAUGUUAUGACCGAUAAAACGAGUGUUAUUGAAGUCAGUCUUCAAAGACUGAAGCCACCACUGAGGAAUUGUUAUUGGUCAGAAUAUGAUCAAUAUUUUAGCACUCACAAAUACGGCACAGUAAUAUCGUUGUAAGCGUAACAAUCCUGUUCGGUGGUAGAGAGUUCAUGUCAAGGGAUGUUGGCAUAAAGCCACCACGUGACCAAACCCAAAGACAAAACAUGGAUCACGAUGGAAGUGUCUGUUGAUGGAAAAUGUCAAAAAGCAGUUGAAGUUUAAGUUGAGUUUGGCUCUGCAGGUUGGUGAUUCAUGUCGCUUCACGCAGAAGUGAGUUUUUUACGUCUGUGGAAUUAUUACAUGUGAGAAAAGUUGGUCACAAGUGAGGAGGAUGUGCAUGCGCGUGUCCUGAACUGUCAGUAUAGUGAUCCAGGUCACUCUACCCAAUGAGACUCUGUUCUGGUCUCUUGAGUUCUCACUCUGGUCAAAGAAAACAAAGUGCGACUUGGGCGGUGUUCCCGUGCUAGAGAAGUUUUUUGCUGCCAGUGUAUUUUGUUUAGCCAGAUGAGAACACUUGAGACCAGGAGUCUCAUUUGCAAGGGUAACCUGGGUCACCAACACGACAAGAGGACAACUAAAAUGUAAGUACGGCAUUGCAGUGAAUGAGAUAUCAGAGCAUAAGCAAAUAUAAAUCAAAGAGAAAACAAACAACCAAAUAAAAAUCGGCGCAAAGACGACCGCAUUAUGGGGUGAAUAGAAAAUAGUGCAAUAUCACGAAUCAAUAUCAAACAAAUACAUUUCCUGCGACAAAUGUUGGCUCGGGACAAGUCAAGGCGUCACGACGCGUGGCAGGGGAACACAAAAGACGUGAAUCUUCCACGCGUCACGUGCAUUUUCUGUUCUCUACACUUGAAGGUCCAGCUCAGUGGUUGUCGCGAUGCAACAUCCGUAUGUUGAGCCAUACCAGGUGAUGAAGCUCGCGACACUCGCAUUGAAUUGCCUUUGUCAAGGUGCAACGAUCUUUGCUCCGGUUCGAUAGUGCAGCGCUGCAUUGCGUAGCUGAUUGGGUUUUACGUGGACCCCAGCAGCCACUCGAGGCCGCUUUACUGAACCACGAUGUACAUCGAUUAUUACACUUGAUCGAAUCGUUGGUCGGAGAAGAGCGUCGCGGGAGAAUCGUCACACCCGCGGUUUUCAUUUCCCGUGCAAUAUUUUCCCAGGAGCCCAGUCUCCCCGCACGGCUCUCUGGCUGAAAUGUAAUUCACGAUUUGGUCACGCUGCUUCAUGGGCAGUCAUGCACAAGCACAAUUCACAAACAACAACAACUCAACACAAGUCGUCAACAACACUGUGGCAUUACAAGUACACACACAUGAUAGGCGACGUUUCGGGCAAUGGCCCUGCUUGUGCUAUGAAGAAGGACCAUAACCUGAAGUAUUAUCUGUUUAUAUAUUUUACCAUUUAAGGCCACAUAGUUAUGAAGGAAUGUGUCGAGUUUUUUUUUACUUUGGCUGACAUUCUGCUCUGAUUAUACCUCAAAUAGCUAUUAGUGUCGACCGUAUUUGUAGAUGUACACAGUUGACCCCACUACCGUUGAUGUGACAAAGAUGAUUAACUUAUGAAAGAAAUAAAAAAAUAUAGCAAACUGAAAUUUACACCAGAAACUGCAUGCGAUUGUGUCGAGUUGUUCACAGCUGCUGCUGCUCGCUUGGCAGCGGCGCACACACGCACGGUUCACUACAAGGUCAAGGCAUUCGUCAAUAACACUGCGGCCUUAAAAUAAAAAAAAUAGAUAAAUGACACGAAAUGAUGCGCAACUUGUUGGGAAACGCUCUUCUUCUUGUUUUGGUUGCCGACUCCUGACCACGGGAGUCCAGUUCACCAUGGGAGUCCAGUUCACCAUGGGAGUCCAGUUCACCAUGGGAGUCCAGUUCACCACGGGAGUCCAGUUCACCACGGGAGUCCAGUUCACCACGGGAGUCCAGUUCACCACGGGAGUCCAGUUCACCACGGGAGUCCAGUUCACCAUGGGAGUCCAGUUCACCAUGGGAGUCCAGUUCACCAUGGGAGUCCAGUUCACCAUGGGAGUCCAGUUCAUCAUGGGAGUCCAGUUCACCAUGGGAGUCCAGUUCACCAUGGGAGUCCAGUUCAUCAUGGGAGUCCAGUUCAUCAUGGGAGUCCAGUUCAUCAUGGGAGUCCAGUUUACCAUGGGAGUCCAGUUCACCAUGGGAGUCCAGUUCACCAUGGGCAGGAUCGGCAACUGGCGGCUCUUUAAGGACUGCCGCUUUGCGACGUUGUUUAUCCAGGACCAGCGCCUCGUGUUCACCACACAGUGGCAUUGCGCCCCUUGAGAUAUUGAGAUGAUUUUUAGUGGCCCGAAACGUCACGUAUAUUUUACGUGCAGCAGUGAAAUGCAGCGGUAACACUCGCGUCUCAGCAAUAAUCAUCGGUUCGACUCCCAUCUCGGGCACCUUUGUACGUUGAACUUCUUUCGCGCCGUACGUAGCCAACCGUGCUAAUCGGAGUUUCGGGAUAAGGACAAGAGAUUAAACACAACACGCAGUUUUAAAGAAGUGAGUUUUAAAUCUGGAUUAUUUUAAAGUGUUUAGCUCCGGUGACUUCCUAAUUUACAUCGGAAGGAAGAGCGUUCCAGACGGCCACAGAAGCGCAUCUUGCCCGUGUUGAGUUCGUAUGUCCUCUCUCUCCCUGUUCUGCAUUGGAUUCAUUUGGGUUCUCCGGCUCCCAUCCAUAGCUAAGUAAAUAACAACAACAACAACAACAACCCCCAUGCAGUAUUACAGGUAUUGGCCAAACAUCCAAAAGCGAAAAGAAGUUACUGCAAAUGACCCAACUGGUAUGACACAUCAUAGCAACUUGGGACUUUGCUGCGAAACUUCGGCAGGUUCCUCCUGGAUAGAGUCUUGAGACUCGGCGAGGCCUCCCGGGUAAAUAAGCGUAAAUAAUAACAAGAAUACACGUUCUUGACUUAAAGCUUUCGUGACUGCAGGAAUUCGUAUUCUUGGGUCCUUCGGUAAAGUCACUUAGAUAGGUUCAAGUAAAAUAACAAAACUUUUUUUUUGUAGAUAGGUUCAAAUAAAAUAACAAAACUUUUUUUGUAGAUAGGUUCAAUUAAAAUAACAAAAAAAUUACUAUAUUUUUUUGUUACGUAGCUUUUUUUAUUCUAUAAAAAAUAUUUUUUUUUAUGGGUGACCUUUUACAUUCCAGCUUAAAAUAAAAAAAAUAACUUCAGUACGAAAACCGCGUAACGUGGCCUCACUACAAUCUGAAUGAGAUCUUUCCGUGAUAUGCCAAAAGCAUUGCCAAUCUUCCUUCAUUAAAACAUUCCAUUUCGUGACACUAACCACACGCGUGCGUGCGCGUGUGUGCAUGCGCGCGCGUGCGUGCGUGUAUCGUUGGGGAGCGGCAGUGUAGCGGUUAGCGCGCUGCGCGACGAACCUGGCGACCCGAGUUCGAUUCCCGCUCACGACUAGCAGUGACCAUUAUCUGAACCAGGUACUCCACCUGGUGCGGUGCAUAAAGCAUCGCCCCUCGGGAGGCAAAGGCGGCCGGGCGUGGUGCUGGCCACCCAGCCCCUCGUGUGCCGUUGCGGCCUUCAUAGGUGACAGCCAACAGCACUUGCCCCAACGGUCUGUUAAGGCUAUACAGGGGAGCUUUGUCUUUGUUGCGUAUCGUUGACACAGUGAGGGAGGCACAGGUGGUGCAUCUGUCAGUGAUCUCAGGGAGUUAACCCAACACCACCUGGGUCUGCCUCGUGGCCUGCAGCAACGAGCCUUCAGCACUUCACUUGACGGCCACACAGUGGUGGUGGUGCCGGUGGUGGCGGUGGUGGUGCCGGUGGUGGUGGUGCCGGUGGUGGUGGUGCCGGUGGUGCCGGUGGUGGUGGUGCCGGUGGCGGUGGUGGUGCCGGUGGUGGUGGUGCCGGUGGUGGUGGUGCCGGUGGUGGUGGUGCCGGUGGUGGUGGUGCCGGUGGUGGCCACGCACGUGGCUGCCUGUCACCCGGCACUGUCGAGGCAGCGAGGGGUUGGUGGGUCACACACAGAUGGUGUCGAGGAGGAGCCGUGUACCCUGGCUCGCCAGAAGGCACGACGGCAACGAUGUGAACUCAACCUGUGUCGUCUGUGUGGGAUCGAGCGUUUCCCCCUCGCACGCGCGGGGUUUCUCCGGUUACUCCGGUUUCCUCCCACGUGUAAACACUCAUCGAUUGGCUGCGAUAACGCCUUGAUAUGUAGAGGAGCGCAGAGAUUGGGCACCAGUUGGCAGUGGCGGCUUGUCUGUGGUGCCUCGCGUCUCCGAGUCGUCCUCUCUCUUCGGGCGUUACAAGUUGCACCUCUUAUUAUUAAGUGCACCUAGCCUGGCACAAGCGCUGCGGUGACGUCACCUGCAGUUAGCGGCGGCUGGUCGUGUGUGUCUUGUUUAUGAUGUCUCAGUGUCACUCGAACGAGGUCAUUGUUUUUAAACUUGGGUGUGGAAGGGUGAUUGCGUCAAUUAACGAAUUUUCCAAAUUAUAAGACGCACGUAAAAAGUUAAAGAACCAACCCCAAAAACUUGAGAUUUUUUAAUUACUUUUACUUUACAAAGUAAGGCCCACUGAGCACGUAGCUUUUUUUCAGAAGCGAACUGGCUAUCACAAAUGAAAUGUAUAGCAGCCCAAACACUCUAAACGUGGUGAUUCUAAAUGUGCAGGGAAAAACUAAGGAGCCGGAGAAAAAUCCACGCGACCACGGGGAGAGAGAGACACGCAGACUCCAAAUAUACAGCAGCAGACGUCAGGGUUGAACCCACGACCUCCUGUAGACCAGGCGAGGUAGUUAACAUCUCCUAGCCACCGUGAUGAUGAUGAGACACGCAGACUCCAAAUAUACAGCAGCAGGCGUCAGGGUCAGGGUUGAACCCACGACCUCCUGUAGACCAGGCGAGGUAGUUAACAUCUCCUAGCCACCGUGAUGAUGAUGAGACACGCAAACUCCAAAUAUACAGCAGCAGGCGUCAGGGUCUGGAUCGAACCCACGACCUCCUGUAGACCAGGCGAGGUAGUUAACAUCUCCUGGCCACCGCGACGCCAGAUGGAACACGAUCUCCGUGAUUCCGAGCCGAGUUCUUUCCAACCG